GCUGUUUAUAUUCGAUGGUUUGGAUGAAUUCAAACACACCAUCGAUUUUGCUGACAGUCGGAGAGAUACAGAACCCAAGCACCAGUGUCCAGAUCCCGAGUGGUGGUGUGAAGUGUCUGACAUUGUGUACAGUUUAAUCCAGGGCAAGCUGCUCCCAGGGUGUUCAGUGCUGGUGACCACCCGUCCCACUGCGUUACGUUUAUUGGAAAAGGCAGAGAUCAGUGUCUGGGCUGAAAUCCUGGGAUUUUCAGGUGAGGAACGGAAGGAAUAUUUCAUCAGACAUUUUGAAGAUCAGACGGUGGCGGAAGCUGUUUUCAAACACGUGAUGGAGAACGAGAUCCUGUACACCAUGAGCUACAACCCCUCCUACUGCUGGAUCCUCGCUCUGGCACUGGGCCCCUUCUUCACACAAAGAGUCAGGGACCCUCAGCGAGUUCCCAAGACCAUCACCCAACUGUACUCCUACUACAUUUACAACAUCCUGAAAAACCACAGCCGUGAGAUUGAGAACCCCCGUGAUGUGUUACUCAGGGUUGGUCAAAUGGCCUUCAGAGGAGUGUCCGAGAAGAAGAUUGUGUUUAUAGAUGCAGAUUUGAUCAAGUACAAUCUGCAGCCUUCCCAGUUCUUGUCCGGGUUCCUGAUGGAGCUUUUGGAGAGAGAGGAUUCUGCCCGGAGCGUGGUCUACACAUUCCCACACCUCACCAUCCAAGAGUUUGUAGCUGCAGUCGCACAAUUCCUGAAUCCACAUCCCGGGGAUAUCCUGAAAUUCCUUACUGAAGCCCACAACACGACAGAUGGGAGAUUUGAGGUAUUUCUCCGUUUUGUUGCUGGGCUCUCCAACCGAAUGACAGCUCGGGGCCUGGAGGAGUUUCUGGGUCCAUUUCCUCAUCAAACAACCUGCUGGGUGAUUGACUGGGUGAAUGAGGAGGUUAAACGCCAGAGUAGAAAUCUGAGGAGUGAAGCUGGUAAAAGGAGCCGCCUGAACACAUUGCACUACCUGUUUGAGUCUCAGAAUCGUGGACUGGUUCAAGAAACAUUGGAGAGACUUUCAUUCUGUGGAAUGACACUGACCCCGAUUGACUGCGCGGUCCUGUCUCAUGUCAUCGGACUCUGUGAUACAAUAAAACACCUCGACCUGGAGAACUGCCACAUUCAGUGUGAAGGAAUCCAGCAGCUGGGACCCGGGCUGCACAAGUGCCAGGAGUUGGGACUUGGGCGGAACGACCUGGGAGAUUCAGGGGUGAAACUGGUGUCUGCGGCUCUGAGGAACCCGGAGUGUAAAAUACAGAAACUGUGGUUGAAUUAUGUCGGUGUAACAGAUUCUGGUGCCGAGGAUCUCGCCUCCGCUCUCAGUACAAACCCAUCACUGACGGAGCUGAACCUGAGUGAUAAUAAACUGGAAGAUUCAGGAGUGAAACUGGUGUCUGCGGCUCUGAGGAACCCGGAGUGUAAAAUACAGAAACUGGUGCUGUGGCGUGUCGGUCUCACAGACUCUGGUGCCGAGGAUCUCGCCUCCGCUCUCAGUACAAACCCAUCACUCUCGGAGCUGAACCUGAGUGAUAAUAAACUGGGAGAUUCAGGAGUGAAACAGGUGUCUGCGGCGCUGAGGAACCCGGAGUGUAAAAUACAAAAACUGCGGCUGUGGGAUGUCGGUCUCACAGAUUCUGGUGCCGAGGAUCUCGCCUCCGCUCUCAGUACAAACCCAUCACUGACGGAGCUGAACCUGUUAUCAAACCCGCUGACAGACCGAUCUGUCCCCGCUCUCCGCCGCCUCAUACUGACCCUCCCGAGUCUGGAGCGGAUCUGGCUGGCGGGGAAUCGGUUCAGUGAGACAGGGAGGAAGGAACUGAGAUCUCUGCAGGAACCCAGACCCGGACUGAGAGUGAUCCUGUCAACAUCUGAAUGUGUGAACAUCCCCGCCCGCGGGAUGGGGUUGUGGACAUUUGGCCGAUUCCCCGUCCUCCCCUUUAACUCCCGCCCUUACCUUUAAUGGCCGCGCGCCGGGGGUGACUCCGAACGGUUUUAACGGAACCAGCUCAAGUCUCGCGCUGUGCGUCGCUCGGACGUGUUUCCACCUGUUGUCCGGCGGCGCAACUUCCGCCGGAUGUGCGUGUACGAGACUCCCACCUGACACCCCGGGGACUUACUCAGACAGAAAGAGUCCGGGGUCUGGGGCUCAGUCUGGGUCACCGAUGUCCCGGGGUGGGAUUAUCCCGGGAGAGAAUCUUUUUGCUCCCUUUGCCGAGGACGGUGCAUUCGGCAGCCUGGCCCAUAUAAUGAUGUUAAAUGGACAAAUAUCUCGGCAGUGACCCUGGAUCUGCAGCGAUCUCGGACACGGCCCUGAAGUGUGAUUUUAUAAUCAUCGGUUCCCCGAUGCAGAGUGACGGUGAGAAACGGGACUGAAUAUUCAAACCCGUUGUCGCCGGUCAGUUAAUUGUGUGUGACCGUGAAUGAG